UAGAAAAAUGAGUUCAGCUGUUCUGAUAUCUGUAAGACUACCUACUGGGGAUAACGGCCUUUGUUUGCUCUAUAUCCCUCCCUCAACUUAUCUCGCAAACAAACAGACAAGUCUACCGUUUAAAGCUGUCUUGCAUAAUAAUUUAGAUUUCUUUCCGCAUCUUAGUGAAUAUUAACAAGAAUCAUGUUUAGAUUUACCAAUACGUUCGUUCGUUUAUCCCAAAGUAAAUCCUGUAAAAAUAUCCAUACUUCUACAAUUUCUAAUGCUUUGAAAUUUACUCAAGAGCAUGAUGAAAUGAGGAAAACAGUCAACAAAAUUAUUGAUAAAGAUAUAAAUCCUUAUGUUGAUCAAUGGGAAAAAGAAAAUAUUUUUCCUGCCAAAGAAAUUUUUAAAAAAUUGGGAGAUGCUGGGCUUUUAGGAAUUACUAGGCCAACAAAAUAUGGUGGAUUAGGGUUGGAUUAUUCUUUUACUGUUGCCUUUCUGGAAGAAUUGAGUAAUAUAAAUUGUCAAGGAGUUCCAAUGAGUGUAGUAGUUCAUACUGACAUGGCUACUCCUGCCCUAGCAAGAUUUGGAAGUGAAGAACUUAAACAAGAAUUUCUUGUACCUUCAAUUGCAGGGGAUAGAGUUUCUUGUGUUGCAGUUAGUGAAGUGCAUUGUGGCUCAGAUGUUGCUGCAAUUAAAACAAAAGCUGAACGGAAAGGAGAUGACCUUAUAAUCAAUGGAGGCAAAAUGUGGAUAACAAAUGGAGCUCAAGCUGAUUGGAUGUGUUUGUUAGCUAACACAAGAGAAGGUCCUUUACAUAAAAAUAAAUCACUAAUUUGUGUUCCAUUGGAUGCACCAGGGAUCUCUUUUAAUAAAAUUAACAAGCUGGGAACUUGUAGUUCUGAUAACGUUCAGUUCUUUUUUGAAAAUGUGAGAGUGCCUGCUAAGAAUAUUAUUGGUGAAGAAGGAAUGGGUUUUAUGUAUCAAAUGAUGCAGUUUCAAGAUGAAAGGUUAGGUGCUUGUGUAGGAGUACCUCGUUCAUUAUCAAGAAUUAUCCAAGACACCAUUGCGUAUUGUAAAGAGAGAACCGCUUUUGGUCACCCUAUAAUUGAUAAUCAAGUUAUACAUUUCACUUUGGCUGAGUUACAAACUGAAGUAGAAGCACUCCAAGCCCUAAUCUAUAAAUCUGCAGAUCAAAUGAUUGAUGGUCAGGAUGUUACAUUAUUGGCAUCUAUGGUCAAACUAAAGGCUGGGCGACUAACCAGAGAAGUGGUUGAUAAAUGUCUCCAGUUUUGGGGAGGUAUGGGCUAUACUUCUGACGUGCUCAUUAGCCGUGCUUUUCGAGAUGGUAGAUUAGUAUCUAUUGCUGGUGGCAGUGAUGAAGUCAUGCUCUCUAUAAUUUCAAAGUACAUGGGGAUUUUGCCGAAACUCAAAUAAUACAAUAUUUUACAAAAAUGAACAAAUUUUUUUCUAUAUUUUGUGUAAUUAAGAGAUUUAUUGUUUUUUUCAAUUGUUAAUAUUGUCAUGUGAAUUUUUAAGAUGUGAUACAAAAUUUUUUAAAUAUAUUUCAUUGAUACAGAAGCUAUUUAAUAAAUUCUUAAAUAUUUUUGUAUUUUUAUAAAAUAUGUAUAUUUUUUCCAUAGUUAAUAAAUAAUAGGUAGAUGCAUUGCAAUUUAAUCUUGAAUUAUGAAUUUAAGCAAGAACCAUUUGAAUUAUUUUGGAAAUUAAAUGAUAUAUUAGACUGGUUAUUUUGUAGUCUUAUGUCAAUCAGAUUACUGUACUUUAAUGAUUAAUGCAAUAUUAGAUUUCCAUUGCACUUUCUAAGAAAACUAAUUUUAUAAUCAUAACAUUAGUUAAUAAUUUAAUGGAAAAUAUUUUAAUUUGUUAUUGA